AUGGCGACUAGAUCGUCAUCAAAUGACCCUGUUAUUGAUUCAUCAAAACCAUUGCCACCUCAAGCAACUUUUAGAGGACCUUAUAUCAAUACCGGAUCACGUGAUGUUGAGAAUGACACAAAACUCCCUAUUGUGGGUGAUCAAAAGUGGGUAAUUUGGAUUUGUUCCUUCAAUGUACCAAUGGCACCUGGAAAGACUCGUUCCAUUGUUUGCAGUGCUAGAAAUUUCUUUCAGUUUACAAUGCCCGGGCCCGCAUGGUGGCAGGUUGUUCCACGAUGGCAUGAACAUUGGACAUCAAACAAAGUAUAUGAUGGUGAUAUGAUUGUUUUUCAAGGUCAAGAAAAAGUCUUUUUAUCACAGUCAAUGGAAGAUGUCAACAAAAACUACACAAAACUCACAUUUACCCCAACACAAGCUGAUCGAUUUGUAUUAGCAUUCAGAAACUGGCUCAGAAGACAUCGGAAAAGUCAACCUGAAUGGUUUGGUCAACCCAACAUCUAA